AUGGCUUCAGAAGAAAGUCCUUUGCUCAGGCUGGUGCCCGCUGCCCAUGAAGCUAUUUAUAACAGAUUCGCGCCACAUCAAAAGAGGUGGAUUCUGUUUCACGUGUCUUUCGUGGGUUUAUUGGCUAUGUUCGUCCAAGUGACGUUCGUGCCUUCGAUCCCUCAGAUAGCUAAAGAUCUCGACUUGACGGAUGCCGUCGUCAGCUUAUCGAUCUUGGCUGAUGCUACCGGAGCGUUGGUUUGGUCUGCUUAUUCGUCUUUCUACGGGUCCCGAGCAAUAUACCUGUGGGGAAUGCCGUUUCUAUGUGUUGGGAGUUGUGGUGUCGCCCUGUCGGCUUCAUUACAGAGUCUGUUAUUCUGGCGAUUUGUGCAGGCGUUUGGAUGCGCUGGCGCAUUGUCGUUGGGGACUGGCGUGAUUGGUCACAUUUAUAAAUUGGAGGAGAGGGGGACUGCUAUCGGGGUGUUCUUUAGUGCGGCGACACAUCAUUGGUCUUGGCGCAAUUUGCAUUAUUCCAUCGGUGCAUGGGGAUUACUCGAGAUGCUUUUCAUAUACCUUUCGUUUCCUGAGACGAGCCAUCCUGGCACAUUGGGCAUCGAUAAACUGCCCUCCAGGAGAUCAAUCCACAUCACAUGGAUUAAUCCUCUGAGCAGUCUUUGGUUACUUCGCAGUCCGAACCUAUUCGUAGUUAUGCUUGCGUCAGCUCUAAUGGUCAACACAGUCUAUGUUCUUGUCGUACCGAUGGCGUAUACUAUUGGCAUCCGGUAUGGAAUCACGAACGAGGCACCAUCGGCGCGUUUUUCCUCCCAAACGGACUGGGAAGCUUCAGUAGGUGUAGAGCAUUGUACUCGCAGUGCACCAACACAAUCUUUAACAGCCGGAACUUUGAUUGCUGGCCGCCUAUCAGACACUGUAGUAAGAAGAUGGCGGGAGAAGCGCAGAGGAACGUGGUGUCCCGAAGACCGUUUGAGAGCAACGUGGAUCGGAGGGUUGUUCAUUGUCCCGUUUGUCUAUCGGGCAUCGGGGCUGAUCACGACGUAUAUUGGGGGCCCGAUCGGCCUUGCGCUGAAUAUAUUAUGCCUUUAUGCGAAUGGAGUGGGGUACAUUCUCGAAGCGCAGAGGCCACAGCUGCUUGCAUGGCGAGCCGGUUGCUCAUUCUAUCUGCUUCCAUUGCUUAUCCUUCCAUCGAUCGAGCGCAUAGGUGUUGCGUGGACGAACAUCAUCGCGGCUGUCCUUGCGGUCAUUGGACAAGGGAUCAUUUUCUUGACAAUUCGUUAUGGUGAUCGCAUGAGGGCCAGCAUAGAUGUUGGUUUCUCGACCAUGGAGAACAACUGA